GGGGUGACAGGGAGAAAAUUGCGAAUGUGAUUGCAGCAGGAAUGUAUAAGAGAAGGAUUGAAGGAGUGGUAGCAGGGUGCACGAGGUGAAAAGUAUGCAAGGAGAGAUUAUGGAAGGACAUGGGGGCCUUCCCAAGGGAUGAUGUGGAGGAUGACUUAAGGUUUGAUGGAACCAAUCUGGAGGACUUUAUCGAGAGCUUGCAGCUGGCCGCUGAAAUAGGCGAGCGAAAAAAGGAGGAAAAGAAGAAACAGUUGAUCGCAAGAUCAGACGAGAGUGAAAAUGAGGAAGUAAAACGAAUUGUGGAAGAGAGUCGAACCUGGAAGAGAAUAACAGCAGAAUUGUGGAUGACCUACACCCAAGCCAGGCAAGAUCAAACAAGAAAAGAAAGGCUGCAAGAGAAGGGGCUAUGGAUUGGAAGAGAGGUGGCUGAGCCACAGGGGAAGGAGGCAGAGGAUGAAAGAAAGGAUAAUGCGCAUUUCAGAAGGUUGAAGAACACGACGAUGGUCUCCCCCAAGAGCAGCAACAAGGGAUCUGACCAGGCUAAGGGAGAUGAACAGGAAGAUGAGGAGGCAGCAGAGGGAGGAAGAGAAGCAUGAGGGCAAAUGUGGUACCAAGAAAAAAGAAACUUGGAAAGAAAAGGGUAAUUGAAAGUGGAAUGAAAGAGGUACAGGAAA